AUGAUAGAAGCAAAACUUUCUACUCCAUUAUCUAUUCUAAUUGGAUCAUUUAAUACUCAUAAAUAUUAUCCUCCUACGGAUAUUAAUCUUUCUUCAUGGUUAAUUUAUCAAUCUAUUACUCCUCAUAUCAUUGCUAUAGGUCUUCAAGAGUUACCAUUCAGUUAUCUAUUUCUUCAACAAAAAUCUGAAUAUCAAUGGAUAAAAUUAAUUGAAAAAACUCUACCAAAUUAUAAAUUACUUUCUCGUGUUCGAUUGAAUGGAAUAAUUCUUUUUAUUUAUAUUCAAUCAUCAUAUUUUGAUCAGUGUUCAGCAAUUUCUACUGCUCAAGUUCGAACAGGUUUUAUGAAUUUAUAUGGAAACAAAGGUGGUGUUGGUAUUCGAUUUGAAUUUAAUCAAACAUCUUUAUGUUUUGUAAAUUGUCAUUUAUCAGCCGGUGAAAAUUCUCAUGCAUUUUGUUUACGAAAUAAACAAUAUUCAUUAAUUCAUCAAUCUAUGUUAUUUAAAUCUCAAUGUAAUCGAUAUCAAUGGAAUAUAAAUGAUCAUAAUGCUAUAUUCUUCUUUGGAGAUUUAAAUUAUCGUCAAACAGAAAUAAAUCAAGAUGAAUUAAAAGAAAAAACAAAUAUAUUAAAAACAUAUUCAGAAUCAGAUAUUAAAUUUCCACCAACAUAUAAAUAUAAACUUAAUUCAAAUUCAUAUAAUGUCUUACGACGUUCAUCAUGGACAGAUAGAAUAUUAUAUCGAAGUAAUCAAUGCCAUAUACAAUCAAUUAAUUAUUGGACGACAUCGAUGAUUAAAUUUAGUGAUCAUCGACCUAUUGCUAAUCUAUUCUUAUUAUUACGUUUAAUUCGUUAA